GGGUGUGCGCGGAGCGCAGGGGCGGCACCCCAGUCCGAGCCGCCCCGUCCGUCCCGGCGUCCCGCCCCCCGGGUUCCCUGCUGUUCCUUCCCGCCACUGUCUUCUGCGAGCAGUCCCCAGCCUCUGGGCAAAGCCCACCCGAUCCGCUGCGCAGGGGGGCCCCCACCUGGCCAUGGCCGAGCCUGGAGAACAGCUGCCGGAGGAGGUGCUGGCGCUCAUCUUCCGCCACCUGCCCCUGCCCGACCGCGCUGCUGCAGCGAGGGUCUGCAGAGCUUGGGCUGCCGCUGCCACCUGCAGCGCUGUGUGGCACGACACGAGCAUCAGUUGCGACUGUGAGCUGGAAGGCAUGCUGCCGCCGUAUCUGUCCGCCUGCCUGGACCACGUUCAGAAUCUAUGGCUGGAAUUUGAGCCGUCGAGGAAAUCGAGUCGCAGGGCGGCCACGGACUUACUGACUGCACUGACGGGCCGUACCCCCGGGCUGCGAGGCCUGUGCCUGGAAUGCCGCGGAGAAAAGCCGCUCUUCGACGCCGGCCGCGACAUCCUGGACGCGGUGCACGCCCUCUGUGGGGCGGCCCGCGCGCUGCGCCACCUCGACCUGCGGCGCCUGCCCUUCUCACUGGACGACGCGCUGGUGCUGCAGGUGGCACAUGGUUGUCCGGAGCUCCGCAGCCUUUUUCUAGAUAACAGAACGCUGGUGGGCAGCGUGGGGCCGGGCUCCGUGCUCGAGCUACUAGAGGCCUGCCCCUGCCUGCGCGCCCUUGGCUUGCACCUGGCCAGCCUGUCGCGCACCGCGCUCGAGGCACUGGCGGCGCCAGAGCGCGCGCCUUUCGAGCUCCUCGCCCUGCGGUGCGCGUGUCCGGAAGAUGCACGCGCGCCCCCCCUGCCUGAUGAAGCCUGGGCCGCGUUGAGCCUCCGCCACCCGGGACUGCAGGUAGAGCUGGAGCUAGAGCCGGUGCUGCCUGCAGAGAGCGUGACGCGCGUCCUGCAGCCAGCCGUACCCGUGGCUACGCUGCGCCUCAGCCUCUCUGGGGACACCGUAGGUCCAGUGCGCUUCGCGGCGCGCCACUACGCCGCAACAUUGCGCGCGCUUGAGGUGCGCGCCGCAGCCUCGGCCGAGCUGGAUGCCGCCCUGGAGGAGCUGGCAGCGCGCUGCGCGGGCCUGCGCGAGGUGCACUGCUUCUGCGUGGUGCGACCUUCCGUGCUGCACGCCUUCCGCGCGCGCUGCCCGCGCCUGCGCAGCUACACGCUCAAGCUAACGCGGGAGCCGCAUCCCUGGCGGCCCACGCUUGUGGCGUGAUGGGACAAACGCUCUUUCCGUUCCCUGCGGACGUGUGUCCUCUGAAAUGCUGCGUGGGUUUGCCCAGGGGCGGGCCAGCUGUUCGCCCUCUUCUCUGGGACUCUUGCCUCUUGUCCCUCUCGUAUGGAGUGGCCUCCGUACCGGUACAGGGCGCCCUGAGCCCAUUCGUUGCUUUCAACAUCUGCAGACACCCACUGUCCCCGCAGUACAGGGAUCACCCUCCUCCAAUCCCAGUCCUCUGCAAACAUGUCGCUAGCUCGGCGGCCCUGGCGUGGGGGGAGGGAGGGCACUGGCUCAAGUUGUGCCUCAGGGGGGGUGUGUUAGUGCUUCUGGAGUGAGUGUGAAAUAAACAAAUCAAGCUUUA